AUGGCUAAACGUCCCCUCUCUCCAGCUGCCUCAGACUCGUAUGCGCGUGUUGCAAAGCGCCCCAAUUCGUCCAAAUCAUUUAAUCCCAUCAAAAUAGCCACCGCCGAGGCUGCUGCUGCAGUUGAUGCUAAUACGCCCUUUUCACAACUAACAAAAUUGUUAAAAGAUAGUGUAAGACAUUCACUCGAUGGAAAAUCUGUUGUUUACUGGAUGCGAAUGAACGACCUCAGACUUCUUGACAAUAAAGCCCUCAGUAGGGCAUCGGUACAAGCUCGUAAAGUCGGAGUUCCUUUGAUUGUUCUAUUUGUUAUCAGCCCUCAAGAUUACAUCGCACAUGAUAGAAGUGCACGAAGGGUGGAUUUUUUACUCCGCAAUCUUGCUAUCUUGAAAGAAUCUUUCUCUGAACUUCAUAUUCCAUUUCAUGUUGUCGUCCAUACGCCAAGAAAGACAAUCCCCCAAUUUAUUGUAUCAUUUUGUGAAGAACAUGGUUCCAAAGCCCUAUAUGCCAACAUGGAAUAUGAGGUCGAUGAACUUCGCCGAGACAUACAAACGUCCCAACUCGCUUUCCCAAAAGAUAUUCGAGUCGAAUUUUUGCACGAUAAAUGCAUUAUAGAACCAGGCGUUAUUAUUACGAAGCAAGAAAAAGCAUACACGGUAUACUCACCGUACCAAAAGAAUUGGAUUGCAACAGUCAAUGCCAAUCUACCUUUCUAUUUGGAAGAUUGCUCGUCCCCAGUAGCAAAUGAACCAUCUGUCCGGGCAUUAAAAUCCCUCGGCCCACUUUUUGAAUCGCAAAUACCAAAGUUUAUCGUUGGUUUUGAGCUUACCGAGCAAGAUAGAGACAAAAUGAAGGAGGUAUGGCCAGCUGGUGAAAUUUCUGCUGCAAAUGUUCUUGAGAGAUUUUUGACCACGAAGAAGCGAUCUUCACAGUUGGGCGGGGUCGAUCCGCUCGCUUCAGGACCGGUCGCAUGUCCUAAACAUAACAGGAUAGCGAAAUAUGGAAACGAGAGAGAUAGAAUUGACAGUGAUACAACGAGUCGGUUGAGUGCCUACUUGACUUCUGGGAUCAUUUCAGCAAGGCAAUGUGCCCGAGCUAUUAUGCUUCUCACCAACGCGAAAAAGGUUGAAAGUGACAAAACCUCUGGGAUCGGACGGUGGCUCCAAGAAAUUGCUUGGCGUGACUUCUAUGUAAACAUAUUGGUUUUCUUCCCUCGAGUUUCGAUGGGUCGACCCUUUAUCGAAAAGUUUUCCAAGAUCGUUUGGGAAGACCAUCAAGUUCCAAGUGAUUUUGCCAUUGGGCAAGGCGGUAACAUUUCAGGCGACUCCGAAAAUCUCCAACGAUGGAAGACGGGUAUGACUGGGGUUCCUAUUGUGGACGCAUCAAUGAGGUGCUUAAACGAGAUGGGUUGGAUGCACAACAGAGCGAGAAUGAUAACCGCGAUGUAUCUAACUAAAGAUCUUAUGAUAGACUGGAGAGUUGGCGAGCGGUACUUCAUGGAGAUGCUCAUAGAUGGUGAUUUGUCGUCUAACAAUGGCGGAUGGCAGUGGAGCGCAAGUACAGGGGUUGAUCCGUGCCCGUAUUUCCGGAUUUUUAAUCCGUACACACAGAGUGCCAAAGUGGACCAAACGGGUGAUUUUAUUCGACAUUGGAUUCCAGAGUUGCGCAAAGUGAGGGGUCCUGAAUUGCAUAACCCCAGUGCCUCUCUUGCAAGCAAACUUGGAUACCCUCUGCCUAUUAUUGCGCACAAUGAGGCAAGACAGAGAGCGUUGCGACGGUACAAAAACCCUGGAGAGGAAUAA